CCUUUUAAACGUCGACUGCAUUGACCUCUACUCCACUCGUGAGACACAAAACACACAUUGUUUUGAUGGCAAUAUUAUUAUUGUUUUCCUAAUCAUGUUUACAGUCUCUCAAUGUCUUUGACAGUCUUUACGAGACAUUUAAUGGUGUCAUUCAAUCGGUGGUUAAUUUAAGACAAUUAUCGCGAAGACAUUGAAGUGAUUGACAAGAGAUGUCCAAACUAUUGCAGUCGAGGAAGACGUUGAAGGAGAAAGUGGUCCAAAUAUAUGAGGCUUUGAUUGAGGGAAAAGAGCCGUUCAGUGAAAACAAUAACUUCUGGAAUGAGUUCUUCUUAUUAAAGGCGAAUGGAAAUGCAUUGGAGUUGGAGUUAAAGUCCAUUACAAAUAUCCACACAAUU